AUGGAGGAGGUCACGAAGUUGGAGCAUCUAUCUCUGGUGUCGAAGAUCUGUACGGAAUUGGAGAAUCAUUUAGGAUUGAACGACAAGGACUUGGCCGAAUUCAUUAUACAUCUGGCUGAAAAUAACAAGACGUUCGCGGCAUUCAAGAAGGUACUGACCGAGAAUGGAGCCGAGUUCUCAGACUCCUUCAUAGCUAAUCUCCUCAGAAUAAUACAGCAUAUGAAACCCACGAAGGCGUCCACCGAGAAGUCAUCUAAGUCUACGAGUAAGCAGGAUGAAUUGGCGGUAAAAUUCCCAGCGUUGGCAUUACCGAACGACGAUCCACGUUCCGAGACCAACGACGUCAAGGAUGAAGAUAUCGUCAACGACGUUAUGGCCUCUCUAGAGGCAUUCGCACCGUCUAACAAGAAACAGUCUACGAAUACCGAGAAAAGUAACGGUAAGAUUGACAAUGGCGAGAAAAAAAACAAGCGGGAAAGGAAGAGUAGAAGCAGGUCGAGGGACAGAAGGCGUCAUAGAUCCAGAUCGUCGAAUCGAAAAGAUAGGCGGCACAGAUCUAGAACGCGUUCCAGAUCACGGACACGUUACAGAUCACGCGACAGAGCACGCAGGAGACGCUCCGGAUCCCGAGAACGCAAGAGAUCGUCGUCUCGCGAUCGUAAAGACGCAAGACACUCGAGGAGACGUGACGUAAAAAGAUCCAGAUCCCGUUCCGUCGAAGAAACGCUCUCUGCGGAGCCGGAGGCAGGUAAGAUUUAUGCGGGUAAGGUUGCGAAUAUCGUGCCUUUCGGUUGUUUCGUUCAGCUGGAAGGUUUACGGCGCCGUUGGGAGGGCCUAGUUCACAUCUCUCAAUUGAGACGAGAGGGUCGAGUGGCAAACGCGAGCGACGUGGUCUCGAGAGGACAGAAAGUUUUAGUGAAAGUUCUCAACAUCGGUGGACAGAAGGUAUCUCUGAGCAUGAAGGACGUCGAUCAGGAAACCGGGAGGGAUUUAAACCCCGUGGUGCCAAUUGCGAAGGCUGACGAAGAUGAAAAGCAUUUGCGUAAUCCAGAUAGACCUACCUCUUUGCUUGAGCUUCAAGGUAACUAUGACGAGGAUGAGACAUACUCGAGGAAGCGUGUGCAGCGUUUAUCGUCGCCAGAGAAGUGGGAGAUCAAGCAGAUGCUAGCUGCAUCGUGCAUUGACAGGAAUGAGCUGCCAGAGUUCGACACAGAGACUGGAAUUCUGCCACGAGAGGAUGACGAAGAAGAGGACGUAGAGAUUGAGCUUGUCGAAGAAGAACCGCCAUUCUUGCAUGGCCACGGUAGAGCACUGGGUGAUCUCAGUCCAGUGCGGAUAGUGAAAAAUCCAGAUGGCUCGCUGGCACAGGCAGCGAUGAUGCAGAGUGCUCUGGCAAAGGAGCGAAGGGAACAGAAAAUGCUACAGCGCGAACAAGAGAUGGACUCUGUGCCCACUGGCUUGAAUAAGAAUUGGAUAGAUCCUUUACCUGAAGCGGAGAGUCGUACAUUGGCAGCGAACAUGCGUGGCAUUGGCCUACAAACGCAAGAUCUACCCGAGUGGAAGAAGCAUGUGAUAGGCGGUAAAAAGUCAUCGUUUGGUAAGAAGACUAAUCUGACAUUGCUGGAGCAACGUCAGAGUCUGCCAAUCUAUAAGCUGCGCGAUGAUUUGAUAAAAGCCGUGACAGAUAAUCAGAUUCUAAUUGUAAUUGGAGAGACCGGUUCGGGCAAGACGACGCAGAUCACGCAGUAUCUAGCGGAGACCGGUUUUACUGCGCGCGGCAAGAUUGGCUGUACUCAACCGCGCCGGGUUGCAACUGUGAGUGUGGCUAAGAGAGUGGCGGAAGAGUUUGGUUGCUGCCUGGGUCAGGAGGUGGGUUACACAAUCCGUUUCGAAGAUUGCACCGGACCAGAAACUAGUAUCAAGUACAUGACAGAUGGUAUGUUAUUGCGUGAGUGCCUGAUGGAUCUUGAUCUAAAAACAUAUUCGGUAAUUAUGCUGGAUGAGGCGCACGAGCGAACGAUACACACGGACGUGCUGUUCGGCCUUCUAAAACAAGCGGUAGGCCGCAGGCCUGAUCUCAAAUUGAUCGUCACCAGCGCUACUCUGGAUGCGGUCAAGUUCUCACAAUACUUCUUCGAGGCUCCAAUUUUUACCAUACCCGGACGCACAUUCGAGGUCGAGGUAAUGUACACGAAGGAGCCAGAGACUGAUUAUCUGGAUGCUGCACUGAUCACUGUUAUGCAGAUUCAUCUACGUGAGCCGCCAGGCGAUAUUCUGCUCUUUCUCACUGGUCAGGAGGAGAUCGACACUGCCUGUGAGAUCCUUUACGAGCGCAUGAAGUCAUUAGGCCCAGACGUGCCGGACCUAAUUAUUCUCCCGGUUUAUUCAGCCUUGCCCUCAGAGAUGCAGACCAGAAUAUUCGAGCCAGCGCCACCCGGCUCACGCAAGGUCGUCAUCGCUACGAAUAUCGCUGAGACCAGUCUAACGAUUGAUGGAAUAUAUUAUGUUGUUGAUCCAGGCUUUGUCAAACAAAAAGUUUACAAUUCCAAGACCGGCAUGGACAGUCUUAUAGUGACACCGAUUAGUCAGGCGGCAGCAAAACAGAGAAGCGGAAGAGCUGGUAGAACCGGACCUGGAAAAUGUUAUCGGCUUUACACCGAGCGAGCUUAUAGAGACGAGAUGCUACCUACACCAGUCCCGGAGAUACAACGUACAAAUCUAGCUACCACUGUACUGCAACUGAAGACUAUGGGCAUCAACGAUCUUCUGCACUUUGAUUUCAUGGAUGCACCGCCAGUAGAAUCACUAAUCAUGGCAUUGGAGUCGUUGCAUAGUUUGAGCGCUCUGGAUAACGAGGGUCUACUAACACGGCUGGGCCGGCGAAUGGCAGAAUUUCCAUUGGAACCGAAUCUGUCCAAGAUGUUAAUCAUGAGUGUGCAUCUUCAAUGCUCAGACGAGAUUCUAACUAUCGUCAGUAUGUUGUCCGUACAAAAUGUUUUCUAUCGACCAAAGGACAAGCAGGCUUUAGCCGAUCAGAAAAAAGCCAAGUUUAAUCAACCCGAAGGCGAUCACCUGACUCUACUGGCAGUCUAUAAUUCCUGGAAGAAUAAUAAGUUGAGUAAUGCCUGGUGCUACGAGAACUUUGUGCAAAUAAGGACAUUGAAGCGUGCUCAGGAUGUGCGUAAGCAAUUGUUGGGUAUAAUGGACAGGCACAAAUUGGACGUGGUGUCAGCUGGCAAAAACACAGUGCGGAUACAGAAAGCAGUGUGCUCGGGAUUCUUCAGAAACGCUGCGAAAAAAGAUCCGCAGGAGGGCUACAGGACGCUAGUCGACAGCCAAGUGGUGUACAUUCAUCCAAGCAGCGCCUUGUUCAAUCGCCAGCCGGAAUGGGUGAUCUAUCACGAAUUGGUACAGACUACUAAGGAGUACAUGAGAGAGGUGACGACGAUCGAUCCGAAAUGGCUGGUGGAGUUUGCACCCGCAUUCUUCAAAUUCAGCGAUCCGACCAAACUCAGCAAGUUUAAGAAGAAUCAAAGACUGGAACCACUCUACAAUAAGUACGAGGAGCCAAACGCGUGGAGAAUAUCGCGAGUUCGCAGGCGACGUAAUUAAAGUAUAUGCUUAUGAUCUGUGUAAAUAUUGUUCCUCUGUAUAAUAAUUCGACUUGACGUUUCACUUUUCUAAAAGCCGAAGAAUAGAACAAGCAAUCUUAACUUUUAGUGUUCUUAUUAUUUUUAUGCAGCAACAGCUUGUAUCUAUAGUGAUAAGAC